UCUCUUAUAUUAGGAGUAGUGCUUCAUAGCCUUUCUUUCUUUAAUGCUUUGUUGUACCAAUUACUCUCCAAAACUAAACAUAGCAGCAUAUUUUCCCAACACAACCAACCCUAAAAUCUUCAUUCCAUGGACACCAAAACCUCACAAACACACUCACCACCAUUACUAUCAUCAAGUUUAAGUAGAAGUAUUAAUUCACCAGAAUUCGAAUUCUGGAUGCUAAGAAACCCCUCUUUCCCACAACCCAACAUCCUUCCCGCGGAUCAACUCUUCCACGACGGAGUCAUCCUUCCCCUCCAUCUCAUUUCAACCAAAAACAAACCCGACCGUCAUCAGAAACCCGACUCAUCAUCCCCUGCAAUAACCUCCGACUCAACCACCACCACAACAACAACAUCAUCCAGUUCCAAACGAUGGAAAGAUAUCUUCAGGAAGAAACACAACAACACAGAAGAGAAAGUUAAGAAAAAAGAUAAGAGAGUUGGAAACGGUGGCGGUGUUGGUGUUUCGGUUUCCUCCUCAGCUGAGCUCAAUAUCAAUUUAUGGCCUUUCUCUCGGAGUAGGUCAGCUGGAAACUCUACCACAAAACCCAAAUCAUUCACCGGAGCUCCAGUUUCCCGGAAAGUAAACAGCGCGCCAUGCUCGAGGAGCAAUUCCGCUGGAGAUUCCAAGUCAAGGAAGUGGCCAAGUAGUCCAGGUCGGGCGGGGGUUCAUUUGGGAAGGAGUAGCCCGGUUUGGCAGGUUCGUCGUGGAGGAUGCUCUGCCACCAAGAACACUUCACUAUCAGUGUCCAUUAAACCUGAUAAGUCCAAAAGAGAAACCACCACGAGUACUCGUCGGAGUAGGCUUGCUUCAAAAGGCGCCGGAGGUGGUAGCGCCAAAGAUAAGGUUUUGAAUUUGAACGUUCCAAUGUGUAUUAUUGGGUACAAUGACAGUAGUGAGAAGGAGAACAGUGUUGGUGGUGGUAAGCUUUUUAAUCUGCGCACCUUCUUCACCAAGAAAACCGUACUAACUUCUCACUAGUCAUUUUUUUUAGCUGAUGCAACACUGAAUAUGCAUGUG